AUGGGUAAAAUAAAGAAGAAGGGUACCUCUGGCCAGGCCAAAAACUAUAUCACCCGUACCCAGGCCGUGCGCAAACUUCAGAUUUCCUUGCCUGAUUUCCGUCGUCUUUGCAUUUUCAAGGGUAUCUAUCCUCGUGAGCCCCGUAACAAGAAGAAGGCUUCCAAGACCUCGACGCCAAACACCACCUUCUACUACACCAAGGAUAUCCAGUAUCUGCUUCACGAGCCGCUGCUAAACAAGUUCCGUGACCAGAAGGCCGUUGCCAAGAAGAUUGCCCGCUCUCUCGGUCGUGGUGAAGUUAGCGACGCUGCGCGCUUGGAGAAAAAUCAUGCUCCUAAGCUCACCCUUGACCAUGUCAUCAAGGAGCGUUACCCAACCUUCAUUGACGCCCUCCGUGAUCUCGACGACGCUUUGUCUCUGCUGUUCUUGUUCGCUACUCUUCCCUCAACUACUCAUGUCCCUUCCAAGACCGUUGCUCUGUGUCAGCGCCUUUGCCAUGAAUUCCAACACUACCUGAUCACCACAAACUCGCUCCGCCGGUCUUUCCUGUCGAUCAAGGGUAUCUACUACCAGGCCACUAUCCAGGGCCAGGAUAUCAUGUGGUUAGUUCCGUACAGAUUCGUGCAGCGUGUCAACGGCGAUGUCGACUACCGCAUCAUGGCUACCUUUGUCGACUUUUACACUACUUUGUUGGGCUUCGUCAACUUCCGACUCUACUCAUCCAUUGGUUUAAGGUACCCUCCUAAGUUUGAUACCCGCAGCGAUGAGAACGGCGCCGAGUUGGCCGCUUUCACUUUAGAAGGACGUAACGUCGCUGAGGCCCCCAAGGCCCUGGGAUCCAGCAAGUCCCAGAAGAACGGAGCCUCGAACAAGGAGGUUUCCAAGGCAGUUCAGGCCAAGGUUGACAAGGUCAUCAAGUCAGUUGGCUUGGACCAGACCAAUGAUGAGCAAGCUAUGGACACAACCGAGGAAAACACUGAGACUAUCGACCGAUUCGAGCCUGCUGCUCCCGAAGCCGACACUCUGCCCCAACCAGACAUGAGCGGCAACGAGGCCGGCACUCUCUUCUCUCCUUUCGUGUUCUAUAUCUCCCGUGAGGCGCCCAAGGCACCCAUCGAGUUCAUUCUGCGUGCUUUCGGCUGCAAGCGCGUUGGAUGGGAUGCUGUUUUGGGCGAUGGUGCUUUCACCAAUGAUGAAACAGACACGCGAAUCACCCACCAGAUUGUGGAUCGUCCCCAGCUGCCGGCGGAGUCUCUACCUGCCAUUCCUGAAGGCGAAAGCUCAAGCCAGAAGGUCAAGCCUGGCACUCGCAUUCCUGGUCGUACUUAUGUCCAGCCUCAAUGGAUCUGGGACUGCAUCAACGAUGGCAAGCUCCUUCGUGCUGAUCUUUACAGCCCUGGUACUACUCUUCCGCCUCAUCUGAGCCCAUGGGUCAAGCCUAACCGUGGCGGCUACGACCCCAAGGCUUCUCUGGCUGAGCAGGAAGAGGAAGGCGAAGCUGAGAUUGCCGAAGAGGCCGAAGAUAGCGAUGAAGAGAUGGAAGAUGAAACCCCUGCGGAGUCUAAGCCCGCUGCCCCUGCUGAGGAGUCUGAUGACGAGUCUAUUGACGGUGGCAUGGAUGUUGCCGGCACAGAUGAUGGCGAGAGCGAGAGUGACGAAGAGGAAGAUGAUGAUGAAGAUGAGGAGUUUGGCGGAAUUGAGGAAGCUGAGGUCGACUCUGAUGACGAUGAUGAGGCCGCUCGUAACCAGCACCAGCGCGAGCUGGAAGCCGAGGCUGCCGGUCUGCCCUACUCAUCCAAUGGAGCCGCUGACGAAUCAACCAAGAAGAAGAGCACUCAGACGAAGAAGCUUGCUGCCAAGAAGCGCAAGGAGGAAGAGGAGCUUGAGAGACAGAAGAUGAUGAUGAGCCGCAAGAAGCGCAAGCUGUUGGAGAAGAUGAUGCACUCGAACAAGAAGACGUCUGAUGAGGCUGCCAAGCUCCGUUCCAAGCGUCGCAAGCUUGAGAAGGGUGAGAAAUAG